AUGCAUGCAGUUUUAGAUGAGAGGGAGAUAAAAAGUGAAGCAGCCGAGUUGAAGAAGAAGUUACUUGAAGAUUUUCGCAGCCAUCCCCUUUUUGUGAAAGAGAUAGCCAAGUCGCCCAAUCUCGUUAGGUUGCUGAAAUGGUUCGAGGAGUUCAAUCCGCCCAAACAUUGGGGCGAUAGUGACUAUAGCAACAUUGUUACUUCCUUUUUAUCGAAUGUGGAAAACGAGGGAAAGUUGGGUGCAGAAGACAUCUUGACGCUACAGUUGAUCAAAUAUAUCGGAUUCUUCAAUCCUCAGGCGCGAGAACUGUUCAAAGCAAAAAUGCGCGGUUACGACCCCAAUGGCGAGGAAGUACCUCAGCCUGAUGUUUGGCACAAGCUUAUCACUGCAGAUCUACUAUUUCAAGAUUAUUCGCGGCAAACAUUAUACCCUCAUAGAUAUCAUGGGUCAUUAGAACAAAUGAGCAUGGGUGAGUUCCACUGGCCAAGAUUUUGCCAUUUUUAA